GGACGUGAAGACUUCCCAUGUUUCUCCUGGCCUUUCAUCUUAAAGUUCUCCGGGAUAAUUGGCAUCGCCGUAGGACGCGAGGGCUGGAGAUUCUCAUCUGGGACAAUUAAAAAAAAAGCAGUAUGCAAGACGACAACAUAGAAGCUUCCACGUCCAUAUCUCAGCUUCUAAGGGAAAGCUAUUUAGCCGAAACCAGGCAUCGGGGAAACAUUGAGAGAAGUCGGGCAGAGUCUACCCCCAAUCCCUUCCAUUUUAGUAACCUUGCUGGAGCUGUUGGAGGAGGAGGAGGAGGAGGAGGAGGAGGAGGUCAAGAUGACCUUCCGGAUCUUUCUGCCUUCCUGAGCCAAGAAGAAUUAGACGAAAGUGUCAACCUGGCAAGGCUGGCCAUCAAUCAAGACUCUAGAGAGAGCAAAGCUGAUGACUCCCCAACCAGAAAACAUCUUUCUUCUGAUCAGGUGAAAAAUUCCACCAGAUCAAGUCCUGAAACUAAUUACUACCAAUAUCAUCCUGACACUGAGGCCAACUCCAAAGAAAGUGCUCAGGAAACAAAGAAGCCUCAGUAUAGUUCAGAAACCCAGUCCAAAAAGGUGUUCCUAAACAAGGCGGCUGAUUUCAUUGAGGAGCUCUCUUCCCUCUUCAAAGCUCACAGUUCCAAGAGGAUCAGACCUCGCUCCUGCAAAAAUCACAGGAGCAAGUUGGAUCCCCUAAAUAAAGGCCCCCAGGAAAACUGCUCCAGUUUUUCUGGCCUGUCUGAGAGGCGAGAAAGAUCAUCUAUUCCCAUUCCCAUUCCUCAGGACACCCAGGAUAAUGAAGUCAAUCAUGCCCUGGAGCAGCAGGAGGCUGAGAGACUUCAGGAAAUUGAGCUAGCUGCAAGCGAAAUAACCAGUAGUGAUGCCACUCCAGAUUCAUCGCCUUCCUCUUUGUAUUAUGAAGAGCCUCUGGGACAACCACCACGGUUUACUCAGAAGCUAAGGAGUAGAGAAGUUCCAGAAGGAACUAGAGUGCAGUUGGACUGUAUAGUAGUAGGAAUCCCACCGCCUCAAGUAAGGUGGUAUUGUGAAGGGAAAGAACUGGAAAACUCACCUGACGUUCACAUCGCCCAGGCUGGAAACCUGCACACGUUGACCAUUACUGAAGCUUUUGAGGAUGACACGGGGCGUUACUCCUGUUUUGCUUCCAACAUUUAUGGAACAGAUUCAACUUCUGCAGAAAUUUAUAUAGAAGGUGCUUCAUCUUCUGACUCUGACGGGGACAUUAGUAAGGAAGAUAUGAAUCGGGUCCAGAAGCCAAGUGAGACGUCAUCACCUCCUAUUAGCGCUGCCGUCAUCCCACAGGAAGCAGCAGAAGCUCAGCCUAGUGUGGUCCAGCCUCACAUAUCUACCCUUCAGCAGUGUCAGAGCCCUACAAACUACUUACAAGGACUAGAUGGAAAGCCUAUAAUAGCAGCUCCCGUGUUCACAAAGAUGCUGCAAGAUUUAUCAGCUUCUGAGGGUCAACUAGUUGUUUUUGAAUGCAGAGUGAAAGGGGCACCAUCUCCCAAAGUGGAUUGGUACAGAGAAGGGACAUUGAUAGAAGACUCUCCAGAUUUUCGGAUUCUACAGAAAAAACCAAGGUCCAUGGCUGAACCAGAGGAGAUUUGUACUCUGGUCAUUGCCGAAGUAUUCUCAGAAGAUUCUGGGAAUUUCACUUGUACAGCAAGCAACAAGUAUGGCACAGUGUCGAGCAUUGCACAGUUGACUGUGAGAGGGGCUGAGGACCAUAGCAAUAAUGUAGGUAACUACACGGCCAAUUCCAUGGGCAGCUCAACUGUGGUUGAAAACCAAUCAUCCCCACCUAACCCAGAACCGCGUUCCAUGGAACAACCCCCCAAACCCAAACUUGAAGGGGUUCUGGUGAAUCACAAUGAGCCCAGAUCCAGCUCUAGGAUAGGCCUUCGAGUACACUUCAAUUUACCUGAAGAUGACAAUACAAGCAGAACAUCUGCUGAAGAUGAAGCAGGGAUUGCUGACCAGAUGCAAACUGACCUUCUACAGGAUCGCUUCAAUGGACAGAUAGCAAGGACACCGGAACCUUCGUCACCCAUCAAAGAGCCCCCUCCUGUACUAGCUAAACCAAAACUUGAUUCCAGUCAAUUACAGCAGCUUCACAACCAGGUUUUAAUGGAGCAGCAGCAGCUGCAAUUCCUACCUUCCACAUCUCCAAAGGAGUUUUCUUUUAACCCAAGCACGACAAACUCCCCUGCCGCGCAGAUGAAGGCCCCUCGGUCCCAGACAUUUACUUACACGCGGCCUAAACAGUUCUUCCCGUCUCAGCCCACUUCCAGCCCUUCGGGCUCUCCCUUCAGCAGCGGCCCUCAAGCCAUCCAGAGGACGGCGAGUAAAGAAAACCUGUUGGGUUCGCAUUCCUCUGGGCAAACGAGGCCUCUGGGGAGCUUUUCCAACCAGAAUGAACUCCCCUUUCCGGCAGAAUCCCCACAGUCCCCACCCCCGUUCUCGGUCUCCAGUGGGAACCAGUUUCAGCCCCGUUGUGUGUCCCCAACUACCACUGUGUCUCCCACGGGCAGGAUCCAAAACCCCGUGGCCUUCCUCAGUGCGGUCCUGCCUUCCCUGCCAGCCGUGCCCCCCACCAAUGCCAUGGGGCUGCCUCGGAGUGCGCCGUCAGAGUACAAGAUUUCCAGCUUUGAGCAGAGGCUAAUGAAUGAGAUCGAGUUCCGUUUAGAACGGACCCCUGUGGAUGAAUCCGAUGAUGAAAUCCAACAUGAUGAGAUCCCUACAGGCAAAUGCAUUGCCCCUAUCUUUGACAAGAGACUCAAGCACUUCCGCGUCACAGAAGGCUCUCCAGUGACAUUCACCUGCAAAAUUGUUGGAAUACCUGUUCCAAAGGUUUAUUGGUUCAAGGAUGGAAAACAAAUUUCUAAAAGAAAUGAACAUUGCAAGAUGAAGAGAGAAGAGGAUGGGACAUGUUCUUUGCAUAUUGACUCAACCACUAACGAUGACGAUGGAAACUACACAAUCAUGGCUGCCAAUCCACAGGGGAGAAUCAGCUGUUCUGGCCACUUAAUGGUACAGAGUUUGCCCCUGCGUGGUCGAUUUACCUCAACUCAUUCUCACAGGGGGAGAGCCCGGAUCCCAGAAGGAGAGAAAGAACCUUUACAGGAACGAUUUUUCAGGCCUCAUUUCCUUCAGGCUCCUGGUGAUAUGGUUGCUCACGAGGGACGGCUCUGUAGACUGGACUGUAAGGUGAGCGGCUUACCGCCCCCCGAACUGAUGUGGCUGCUCAACGGCCACCCGGUGCUGCCCGAUAGCACCCACAAGAUGCUCAUUAGAGAGACUGGGGUCCACUCCCUGCUCAUUGACCCUCUUACCCAAAAGGACGCCGGGACCUACACGUGCAUCGCCACCAACAAAACAGGAAAGAACUCGUUCAGUCUAGAGCUCACGGUCGUAGCCAAAGAAAUCAAGAAAGCACCUGUGUUCCUAGAGAAACUGCAGAACAGUGGUGUGCCUGAAGGCCACCCUGUUAGAUUAGAGUGCCGUGUGGUGGGCAUGCCACCCCCUGUGUUCUACUGGAAGAAAGACAACGAAACCAUCCCUUUCACCAGAGAAAGAAUCAGCAUGCACCAAGAUACAACAGGUUACGUCUGCCUUCUCAUCCAGCCGGCCAAGAAAUCAGAUGCCGGAUGGUACACGCUGUCUGCCAAAAACGAAGCUGGCAUUGUGUCAUGUACUGCAAGGCUUGAUAUUUACGCCCAGUGGCACCAACAGCUUCCACAGCCCAUGUCGGUACGACCCAGUGGCAGCCGCUAUGGAUCCCUCACCAGCAAAGGACUUGACAUUUUUUCAGCCUUCUCAUCUAUGGAAAGUACGAUGGUGUUUUCAUGCUCUUCUCAGAGUAUGGUGGAAAGUGAAGAACUUUAAAAGCCUCAGGGCUCCUGCUAUGGAGGUGAAGGACUGACGAGAGAAAAGAAGCCCACAGUCACCAACAACAAGAAGAGAUAAGCCAAGAGAGGUUUCCAAGCAACUAGUUUUUAGUAAGUUAUCACACUGCUGGACUUGUUGCAAGGAAUACUCUGAGCAAGCAGACUGGGGAGUCUCUCAGUCACAGCAGAGGAAGAAAGGGGGUGCUGUACCUUUUAAAAAUUUGAACAAAAGAGAAACGAGGGGAUACGGUAUAAUUAAACCAAAAAUGCCACAUGGUAGUCUGCCACUACUCUGGGCAAAAGCUACUGCUCUGUCCAUCCCAUGCUAUGUUAGAGAAGCGUAGUGCUACAAAACAUAUUCUCAGAGGCAAUAAGCUUGUGCUAGAAGGUGCACACCAUAGUGCCCUAGAAAAGGGCUAACUCACCAAAUUCAAGAGGAGGGAAAGAGGCUAAGAGAUCGUGACCUAACUCUCUCCAGUCAUGCAGAUCGUAGUAAUUUGAGGAGAGCUUAUCAAAUCCACUUUGUUAUAGCAUUGUAGAGGGAUAACAUAGAACAAAUGUAUAUAAAGAAGCAAGUUCAUCUUUUUCAUCUUGAGCAAAUUGAACUGCACUAGAAGUUGCCAAGAAUGAGUGACAUGUUUAUUGUAGGCAUUCAGACCUACCCGAUGCAGCGUAGCAACAUCUUGCUGUGCCCAGCCCGCUUCGUGGUUGGAAUGGAUGCCUAUGAUGCUGUCUGCUCUAUUUUUUUUUCUAUUCCUGAGUGUGACUACUAAAUUAUAUUUACCAAGAACUGAUUUUUCCAUUCUAUGUCAUAAUCAGUUUAUUCCUGACUUAUUAUACUCCUGAGCAAUGACCCAGUAGAGUACAUGGACUAAACUAGCCAAAGAGGAACCUUGGAGAAAUGCUGCGAAAUCUCCAGCAUCGUGUAAAAAGUGACUACCAUACAUUACUGCUUCUAAGAUGGGAAGAGGUCAUCUCAUACUACAGCAACAACUUAGGCCAAGAAGAAAUCAGACAGUAAAGACCUCCUCAAAAGCCUCAAA